CGCAGUGGUCAGGUGUUGCCUCAUAUAACGAGGGGAGCUGUCCAAGUGCUGAAAACAGCACCGCUCCUGAGGAGAUGCCAUACACCUUCGCUACUGUCUGAGCUUUAUUGCCAAAGGUAAUAAAUAGCCUAAUAUGCUGCAUUUCCACCAUAAGUUGCCCGCGGGGGGAGCCGUGGUCCUGCUCGCCUUCCUCCUCCAUGGAUGCGCCGUGCAGGCUGCAUCUCUCCCCCGCCACUACAGGCUGCGAGGCGGGGAGAGUGAGGGGCAGCCGGUUGCCUACCCACCAAGCUCCGAUAUGAUGAAAGCCCUGGAGUACAUCGAGAACCUGAAGCAGCGGAACGGAGGCCGACCUGAACCCGGGGAUUACGACGAAGUGGAUAAGUUCAGGGUUCUGCUUCAGCUCGCCUCGCAGCAGGACGAGGUUCCCGGGGACCGACAGGCUGCCCCCGGUCUGCAGAGGCAGGACAUUACCGCCGAGCAGCUGAUGAAAGCCCUGCUCAGGUCUCUGCAGGAUCAGGCCGGAAAAGAGGUGAAGCUCGGCCCUGCGUCUGCGCCCAGGAACGACCGACGCACGCACAGGCACCGCACCAAAGACACUGAGAUCCCCGAGAGCGCACCUGUAGACUACGGCAACUUCCCGAGGCCUCAUAAGAAAUACCCGCUGAUGUUUGAGGAUGAGGAGAACACAGACGCUUCCAAAAGGGCCACGGAGGACUUGGAUGAGCAGUACACGCCCCAGAGUUUGGCCAAUUUACGCUCCAUCUUCGAAGAACUCGGCCGGAUGCCCUCUCCCGCCGGACAGAAGAGAGACGUGUUCGGGGAUGAUGAAGAUGAGGAUGAAGACGCAGUGAGCCUGAGGAACCAGGCGUACGAGGACGUGGCAGGAGGAGAGGAGUGGGUUCCCGUGGAGGAGAGAGAAGAGACGGAGGAGCUGGUCAACGGCAGCCACGAAGAAAUGGACAGGGCUUUGGAUGAACAGGAGGAGGCAGAACGGGAGGAGGUGCAGCGUAGGGCAAACCAGAACCAAGAGGAGGCUGAUGAUGACACCAAACUGGUCGAUUAUUACCUGUUGAAGGUCCUGGAGAUGAGUGACCAGACGCAGAAGAGGGAUAAGACCGGAGAGCAAAGAAAGAGACUGAUCCGCCCCUCCAUCGUGGAUCCUCGGACAGUCAAAGAGUUGCUGGAGCUCUCCUUAAAACUCCACGUCCCUCCUCAGGAUCUUAUCGAUAUGCUGCUUACAGAGGAGCUCAGAAAGCUUCACCGCGGCGACCCUCAAGGCUCAGCCCGUUACACCACCGGCCAGACCCCCAAAAUCAGGUACUUCAGCCGCAGACUGCCUGUGAAGAGCAAGACCGCUCCUGAGGACAUGGACAGGGAGGACUUUCUAGACAUCAUCGGUGUGGAGACUAUCAGCAAUGAGUACCCGGUGGUGCAGAGACCCGUGAAGACCCCCUCAUCCUCGGAUAGAAUCCCAGUAGUGUCCAACCCCGCUGCAAAUUCAGGACCAGUUCGGAUCCCGCCUCCAUCAGGACGCAGGGAGAACCUCUUUCUAUCUGAGCUGAAUAAAAUGCCCCUGAAGCGCCAGGCUGAUGCAGGUGAUGAUGAAGAUGAUGAUGGUGAUGUGGAAGAUGAGGUGACCACCUACCUGGCGGCUAAAAUCCUCACAGAGUACCCCAACAUAAACAAGAGGGACACCCAGGCCCAGAUGAAGGGCCAGUUCCCUUAUGAGCUGUACGAGAAGGCCAUGAAGGACUACUUGGGUCAAAGUGAAAAGAGACCAGUGGCCAAGAGGGAAACCGAAGAGGCCGAGGAGGAGGAGAGUGUAAACCCCACGGAGAUGCAGCAGGGGAAGGAUGCCGUGGCGGCCAAGACCUCGGCUCCACAGACCGUGAAUGAAGAAGAGGAGAAGGAGCACCGUGAAAAAACAGCGGCAGGGAUGUAGCCUGAAUCAUGCAAGACGCACGAAGUUAAUUUAGUAUUUAUACUGUCUCAAAAUAAAGUUUGGUGGACGUGAUCUAGUUUACAGAUUUCUAUUAUAUGAACUAGGCUAUAGCUGGUAUUAUAUCACCCUCGAAAACUAUAGCAAUCUUACAAGUCCAAUGCAUUUGUAUAAAAAUAAGUCCCUACUUGCUGCAGGAAUGUUACAGUGAUACUAUAAGAAAUGAAGAGUACAAUCUGUGACUGGAAUGUUUUAAAAAAAAAUAUAUAUAGCUAUAUACACUAAAAUAGUUUGGAUUAUAGCCUGUCAUUGCCAAAUUUAUAAUUAUACCGACUAAUAUCAAAUGUAAAUUAAACCCAAAGUUAUUGUUAAAGUUUUGUGCUGUUGUUUGAAGUUUGUUUACAUCAAUGGUGCAGAAAACAGGCCUAUAUUUUCAAUUAUAACCAACAGAGUAAUGGUAAAAAUGUUUAUUUUUCAUGUAUGUCAGACUCUUUAACUACAUAUGUGAAUAUAUCUGUAAAUGAUCACGUUAAAUGCUGCCUGGGCCUUUAAAACACAAGCUAUAGUCAUUUCUAUUCAAUAUUAAUAAGUAUCAUAAUGAAAUGACAGGUGUACAAUAUAGGAACCAUAGGGAUUAUUUGUUUAGACCAGUGUGCUGAGCUGAGAACAACUGUCAUUGUGGCUCCUGAAAUGUUCAGGGUUAGUGGAUUUAAUGUUAUUAUUAUGGGUAAUUAUUUCCAAGUUUAAAUAUCAGACCGUCACCUGCCUUCCAACCCUUUCAUACUGAAGCUCUGUAUUGUUGGCCUACCAGUGGUUGUGCUAUGUAUGCUCAUUUUUAAGCCAUUUUGUACAUGUUCAAUAAUGUGUGAUGAAUCACAGAUGAAUAAAGCAUCAGCUGUAUUAUUUUUCUU